AUGCUAGUUCCGCAGGUAGCAUUUGCCGAGGACCACACCAUCAUGGCCAUUUCCGUACUCUCGUUGUUGGAAACGUUAAGCACAGCCAUCUCCCUAGCCAUCGGGAAAAGUAUCUUUCAUAAUCGACUUGUGGAUAAUCUCCACACGAUAGCCCCUUCAGCGGAUGCCUCCCUGAUCACGGGCAAUUCAGCACUCGUUCGGGAUAUCGUUCCAGAUGAUUUGUUGCCCAGCGUCCUCAACGCUUACAGCCGGUCAAUCAUGCAGACUUUUUAUGCUGGUGUGGCUAUGUGUGCGUUGUCGUUGUUUGGCUCGGCUUCCUUGCCAUGGAAGUCGAUUAAAGAAGAAGAGUCGCCGGACAGUACGACGGGGGAUGACAAUAGCGCUCACUCGGCGGAUGAGAACAGGCCAGAAAUGACGAUUUUUUCUAUCGAGUUCGAGAUCAAGGACCAAGAGCGCAGGAAGACGGCAGCGGGGAAUGGCAUCACCUUACAACGAACUGUUCGCACAGCUGAGAUGUACAAAUGUUAG